AUGUGUUCGAAGCGAUGUUGCGGUGGCUGCUGUGCUGUGCUUGUGGUCCUGGUGGCUGCCCUUGUGAUGAAGUUCCAGGAAAUGAAGCCCAGGAUCCUGGAGUACCAUUGCGCCGCCUACCUCCCCGAAUGCCCCCUCUUUCAGCGGAGCUGGCUUGACGGAGUGCUCGUCUUGCAAAUUACAGCCGCAGACAGCUUCCGCAAGGACCACGCGGAUGCUGGGUGGUCCAAGGCCGUGGAGGCGCUGCAGCAGAAGUCUGCCAGAAGCCGCCGGCAACCUAGAAUGUUGGUGCUUGGACCUAACACGCUCUUCGAGGAUGCUGCUGAGUUUCGACAGCUGGCGAAGAUGUCGACGAAACUUGUGCUAGUUGAGGCGAACGAGCGGCUCAAUGGCAACUUGACUGGCAAUCUUUUGAGAUAUGGCCACGCGCGAGAGAAUUUCGACAUCAUGAACGCUGCCAUGACCGACGAGCCGGCAGGCAACUUGACCUUUUACGUGGUGGACGACGGAAAGCAAACCGAGUCGAGCUUGGUAAAUUACUUUGGCUCCGGUGUGGAAGUGUCCGUCCGAUCCUUGACGCCCGGAAGUCUCUUGGAGGAGCUUGGCCUGGACAACGUAGACAUUCUCCACACGGAUCUUGAGGGUUACGACCUCCGGAUCCUCUCGAAGUUCUUUGCCCUGGAGUCCUUCGCGCCCGAGAUCCUGAAGUUCGAGUGGCUUUUCGCCGCGCAGCAGAAGGGACCGGGCCCGUUUGACAUGAUGCCGAUGCUGAACAUGCUGUCAUCUCGAGGGUAUGACCUUCAUCAAGAUGCUUACGACAUGAUUGCCGUCCGGCGGAGCUUACUUGAGGAGGCUUAG